CAACACAACAAAGGCAGAUUUUCAGCAUCACAUUUCACCUGAAAUUAAAGUGACAGUUGGUGAGUUUCACAGAAGAGCUGCAGUCGACUUUUGUUUGUCUUUACGAGUUUUAAUUCUCCAGGUUUUACUCAACAACUCAGCAGAGUCUCUGUCAAACACAAACACUGGGUGUGGACAUGUCUGCUGCCAGCUGUCUGCUUUCUGAAGAUCAGUUCUUGUGCUCCAUCUGUUUGGAUGUUUUCACCAAUCCAGUUACUACAUCAUGUGGACACAACUUCUGUAAAAAGUGCAUCACUGAACACUGGGACAUUAACGUUCCUUGUCAAUGUCCCAACUGUAAAAAGGUUUUUGACACAAGACCUGAGCUGAAGGUCAAUAUUUUCAUCUCUGAGAUGGUUGAUCAGUUCAAACAGAAAGUCAGCAGCAGCUCAGAGCAACGAUCUGCUGAACCAGGAGAAGUUCUCUGUGACAUCUGUCCUGAAGCCAAACUGAAGGCCCUGAAGUCCUGCCUGGUGUGUCUGAUGUCCUACUGUGAGACUCACCUGGACCCUCAUCUGACAAGGUCAGGUCUGAAGAGACAUCAGUUGAUCGACCCUGUGGAGAACCUGGAAGGCAGAAUGUGUGAAAAACACAACAAACUGCUGGAGCUGUUCUGCAAGAAUGACCAGAUGUGUGUCUGCAUACUUUGUACAUUUGAAGAGCACAAGUCACAUGUUGUUCCUCUGAAAGCAGAAUAUGAAGGAAAGAAGACUGAGCUGAGGAAGACAGAAGCUGAAAUUCAUGAGAUGAUUCAGAAGAGACGACUGAAGAUUCAGGAGAUCAAACAGUCAGUCGAGCUCAGUCAGAAAAAUGCAGACAAAGAGAAAUCAGCUGGUGUUCAGAUCUUCACUGCUCUGAUGGAGUCUGUUCAUAGAGGUCUGAACGAGCUCCUCGAGACCAUCGAGGAGAAGCAGAAGAGGACAGAGGUCCAGGCUGAAGGCUUCAUCACAGAGCUGGAACAUGAAAUCUCUGAGCUGCAGAAGAGGAGCUCUGAGGUGGAGCAGCUCUCACAGUCUGAAGACCACCUCCACCUCCUCCAAGGCUUCCAGUCCCUGAGCCCUGCUCCACCCACCAAGGACUGGACUGAGGUCAGAGUCCAUCCACCGUCAUAUGAGGGGAGUGUGGUGAGAGCUGUGAGUCAGCUGGAGGAGACCAUCAGAAAAGACAUGAAGAAAGUGAGUGAAGCUGAACUGAAGAGGGUCCAGCAGUAUGCAGUGGAUGUGACUCUGGAUCCUGAUACAGCAAAUCCUUACCUCAUCCUGUCUGAUGAUGGAAAACAAGUAAAAACUGGUGAUAAAUGGAAGAAUCUCUCAGACAACCCAGAGAGAAAUUCAUAUCAUGGGUGUGUUUUAUCAAAACAGAGUUUCUCUGCAGGAAGAUUUUAUUUUGAGGUUCAGGUUAAAGGGAAGACUAAGUGGACUUUAGGAGUGGCCAGAGAGUCUGUCAACAGGAAAAAAGAAUUCACACUAUGUCCUAAGGAUGGUUACUGGACAAUAAGGUUGAGGAAUGAAAAUGAGUAUGAAGCUCUUACUGGCUCUUCAGUCCGUCUCUCUGUGAGGUCUCAGCCUGAGAAGGUCGGGGUGUUUGUGGAUUAUGAGGAGGGUCUGAUCUCCUUUUAUGAUGUUGAUGCUGCAGAUCUUCUUUACUCCUUUACUGGCUGCUCCUUCAAUCAGAAAAUCUACCCAUUUUUUAGUCCUCAUCCAAAUCAUGGUGGUAAAACCUCCGCCCCUCUGAUUAUCUGUCCUCUCAAUCACACUGAAUAAAAUCAACAUUUGAAUUUGUGUUCUAAAAAACAUGUUAUUGAAUGCAAAACUAUAUUUUUAGUAUCAUUGCGCUGUGUACUCACUUUAUGAAUCAUAUAUUUUUGUCUGUUUGUUUUAAUUGUUAUUGUUUUUGUUAUUAGAACUAAAAUCAGUCAAAUCUGUUCUUAUGUACUUUUUACAGUUAAAUAUGUUUGGGGACGGCAGCACGGUGUCUUAGAGGUUAGCACUGUUGCCUGACAGUUCUCCCCCUGUCUGUGUGGGUUCUCUCUGGCUGCUCCUGCUUCCUCCCACAUCCAAACACAUGCAGGUUACAGUUGGUGGAUCAGAAACAUUAAAUUGUUUGUUGGUGUGAAUGUGUUUGUUUGUCUGUUUGUGACUCUGUGACAGACUGGCGUCCUGUCCAGGUUGUACCCGCCUCACACCCUCUGACUCCUGGGACCCGAUCUUUGAUAAGCGGUUGAAGAUGAGUGUGUGUGUGUUUGGGGAUUCAUGUUAAACACAAUCAUGUAAAGACACUGUCAGUUUCUGUAAAUCUAAAAAUGCUGAUAAAACAUGAAACAAUAAUAACUGAUAAUAAUA